AGAUUGCAAACGUAUAAGAUAUUAAACUUCGCAAUCAUGGCGAUUUGCAUUACAUUUGGAAUGCAUGGUAAUACUAUUCCGUGUGUUUACAUUCGUUCGGAGUUCUGGCGACAUACCUCGAUUCGAGGCCGUGAAACAACAGCUAGGUAUCGAAGCUAAUUACAUUGAUACAGAGUUCCAAUCAAGACUUGAAGGAUAUGAGAAUGUACGAGCACAGUGUCGGAACUGCGGAAACUGGGAUGCUCAUUGCGAGACGAGAUGGCCAUUCUUCACAGUUUGCUUCGUUCCUCUGAUUCCAUUAUCGACACACAAAUACAAGGAAGUACGAUGUUACCGAUGCGGAUUCAGUCAAGAUCUAAGUAUGCGCCCUGAUAUCAACCCGGGAACACAACCUCCACCUGGCAUGCCAUGGGGUCCGGCAUAUGGGCCUCCACAACCACCUCAAUAUGCAUAUCAACCUCAACAACAUCCCCCGGCUGGAUAUCCGAGUGGUCCACCUGUGGCGUCAGGAGGGAAUCAGGAUGCUGGGCAUACAACUUUUAAAUACAAUAAAAUGAGCAGACAUCACUGUCGAGACUUUAUAUGUCUUCCAUCCCCUUCCCCAUCCCCUUAUCACAUCUUCUUUCUCCCCGGGAAUCCCGGAUUAGUGGAAUACUAUGCCCGAUUCUUGUUACUACUACACUCGACCCUCAACCAUGCAUCAUCAAUACAAUUCAAUAUUGCAGGGUGCUCCUACGCCGGAUUCGAGACAGAACAUUCAUCUCUGGAAUAUGACAAUGGCGGUCAUAAAUUAUACGACAUCGCAGAGCAAGUCGAUUACAGUCUUGAGCGGCUACAGGACUAUAUCAAUCAGACCGAAGAAAAACAGACAAAAGCAAAAGUGAUUCUCAUCGGACAUUCAUUCGGCACCUUUGUCAUUGCAGAGAUGAUGAAACGGAUAUAUACAUCUUCUACCAAGGAUCAGCAGCAAAAUUAUGAGAUUAUAGGAAACAUACAUCUAUUCCCACCAAUUCCGGAUAUAGCCAGAAGUCCUCGGGGAGUUAAAGCAGCUGGCAUAGUGAAAUGGAGAUAUCUUCCGGGCAUAAUAUCCUACAUCGCAAAAGCCGUGUACAAUCUCCCAUACAGCUUGUCCAAUGCAGUUGUGAGAUAUCUUACUGCAUUCCCAUCGGACUCAGAAGCUUUGCAUACUACUCGCAUGUUCUUUGGGAGUAGGAAUGGCGUCGCCCAGGCUCUAUACUUGGCCCAACAUGAAUUCGAUGAAAUCAAAACCUCCCGCUGGGAAGCCGCUCUCCGAGCUAUCGCAUCUCAUCACCAACAAGAAAAUCAGCAGGGUAAAUUCCCAAUCCGCAUCUUCUUCGGCGUAAAUGAUCACUGGGUCAACAACGAGUUACGAGAUGCAUUUAUAUACAAAUAUUGUGACCCGAACGGCCCACUGGCGUUUGGAAAGGAGGUGUUGGAUUUAAGGGCUAGGAUUGAUCCGAGUGUGGAUGGGGAUGAGAGUAGUGUUGUGAUUCCUCAUGACUUUUCUAUUGGACAUAGUGAGCAUGUGGUGCCUUAUGCGGCUGAGUAUGUGGAGGAGAUUAUAGGUAUAAAGGUAUAGAACAGAAUAUAGAACAUGUAUAUUAGCUUCAUUGGCGCAUAGCAUAGCAUAGCAUUAGCGUAAGUAUUCCGAGACUGAUCGAAGUCAGAUCAAGUCUUGACAGACAACUUCUCAUCCGGCGUCGGUGACGCUCGCGAUGUUCCACCACUUUCCUCCCUGUCCACAUGAAUCGCAUUGACCGGCUUCUUCUUCCCCGUGGCAUCCAACCACAUAGCCCGAACAGUAUACACAAUACUAUUCCUGCCCUCAUACAACGGGAAAAUCACCACUCCAAACGCAGUGCAAAACAACCAAAUGAUGCCAACAACAACCCAGCCCGUGAAAAACUUCUUACUAAAGACAUACCCUGAUCCGUACAUGGGCAUGGGCCACAAAAUCAGCAAACACAAUGUCAUUAUCACGGUGAGUGUGCGUGCAUAAAAAGCGGCUCGGUUGAGUUUUCGGGUUUCUUCUUCGGUCAUGUCCUGUGCGUUAGUUGUUUCGCCCGGGAUCAGUUCUAGAUCGACGUGCGCGUCUGCGGCGACGUCGGAGUCGUCAACCUUGCGGAUGUUGCGCAUUGAUUCGUAGUCGUAGUUUUGUUGGCCAAAUAUAAGAGUAAGGAUGGGGAUGAAGAUGAGCGGGCUGAGGAGGGCGACAACGUUG